UUACAGGACAUCAUGCCUCGUAUAGAUAAUGACAUCAAGCUGGACUUCAAAGACGUGUUGCUAAGGCCAAAGAGGAGUACACUAAAAUCUCGAAGUGAGGUGGAGCUCACCCGUUCAUUUGUAUUCAGGAACUCAGGCCAAAGUUACCAAGGGAUUCCUAUAAUUGCUGCCAAUAUGGACACUGUUGGGACCUUUGAGAUGGCAAGAGUCUUGUGCAAAUUUUCUCUGUUCACGGCGGUACAUAAGCAUUAUUCAGUUGAGGAGUGGAAGCAGUUUGCUUGCAACUAUCCGGAAUGUCUAGAGAAUGUGGCUGUGAGCUCUGGCACUGGGCAGUCAGAUUUCCAGCAACUGGAGAAAGUUUUAUCCGCGGUCCCUCAAGUUCGUUAUAUCUGUCUGGAUGUGGCUAAUGGCUAUUCGGAACAGUUUGUGCAACACGUGAAGGAUGUAAGAGCCAGGUUCCCUAAGCACACGAUCAUGGCUGGAAAUGUGGUCACUGGGGAGAUGGUGGAGGAAUUGAUCCUUUCAGGCGCAGAUAUUAUCAAAGUUGGAAUAGGGCCAGGUUCUGUUUGCACCACCAGAAAAAUGACAGGAGUUGGGUACCCACAGCUAAGUGCAGUCAUUGAAUGUGCAGAUGCCGCACAUGGACUGAAUGGUCAUAUUAUAUCUGAUGGUGGUUGCACUUGUCCAGGAGAUGUAGCUAAAGCUUUUGGAGCUGGGGCUGAUUUUGUCAUGCUAGGGGGGAUGCUGUCUGGUCAUACAGAGUGUGGAGGAGAAAUAAUUGAGAAAGGUGGAAAGAAAUAUAAGCUUUUCUAUGGCAUGAGCUCAGAAAUAGCAAUGAAGAAACAUGCAGGUGGAGUUGCAGACUACAGAGCUUCUGAGGGAAAAACUGUGGAAGUUCCUUACCGAGGUGAUGUAGAAGAAACAAUUAAAGAUAUACUUGGAGGAAUUCGGUCUACCUGCACAUACGUAGGGGCAGGCAAGCUGAAGGAGCUAAGCCGCAGAACAACCUUUAUUAGAGUGACCCAGCAACUCAAUGUCAUGUUCAACAACCCUUGA